UUCAACUCGGUGACUAAAGCCACGGGAGCGGGGCACUUGGGGAUUUGCCAUGGACGCGCCGAACGAGAAGACAAGUUUGGUCAAGAAGAAGCACGGCAGCAACGCCGAGAUCGAAAUGUACGGCCGUGGUGGCAACCCGUCUGUGAACGACGACGAUGACUACACCAAACACGACCUCAUUCCUGUCAAGCAAGAAGCAAUGGAGAUCACGAGCAUGGCAUUCCAGUUGUCGUUGCGCCAAGUCGUGCGCCAAGUAAUGACGAUCACAGACGCAGCGUUCCAAGGACACAUCGGCACGAAGCAACUCGCGGGAGUGACGUUGGCCGGCGUGUACAUGGGCGUCCCGUCCGCCUUCAUCCAAAACUCCAUCCCAGCCAUCAGUACCUUGUGCAGCCAAGCGUACGGCGCAGGCAACAACACCCUCGUGGGCAUUUGGCUGCAAACUUGCAUCGUGUUUUCCAUCGCUGGGACGAUCCCGGUCAUGAUCUACUACAUGUUUGUCGGCCACAUCAUUGCAUUGACGCUGGACGACGUGGAAGCCGUCGGGUUCGGGCAGCAGUUUGCCAUGAUCAUGUCGCUGGCGCUUAUUCCGCAAUACUUGUACGGGUGCUUGACUACGUACUUUGCAGCGCUCGGAGUGAUCAUGCCCGCGACCGUCUGCAGUGGCAUCACGGUCCUCCUCAACAUCGUGUUCAACCAAGUGUUUAUCUACGGCGCGUUCGGGUUCGAAGGCCUCGGGUUCAUUGGGUCCCCCAUCGCUACUGUCGUGUCCAGUUGUUUGCAACUGUUCAUGUUUGUCGUGUACACGAUCUUGUACAAGCAGUACCAUGUGAAGUACUGGGGCGGGUGGACGUGGGAGUGCGUGAGCAAGGAGCGCCUCGUAGUGUUCCUUCCACUCGCGGUGCCCAUGGGUGCAUCGUCGGUGGUGGACUGGGCAUCUGCUGCGCUCACGUCGGCGUUCUCUGGCAUCUUGGGCCCGGACAUUGCUGCAUGUCAAGCCGUGCUGAACGGAGUGUGGGGCGUUGUGAACUCGUUCGUGAGCGGCUUCAGCACCGCCACCCAAAUCCGCAUGUCCCGCUACCUCGGCGAAGGAAGCGCCGUGGCUGCCAAACGAGUGCUGACUGUGGGCGCGAUGAUCGUACUUGGCACGGGAGUGACAUUGAUUGUAUGCGUGUACCUCCUCAACGAGUCGCUCUUCCGCGUAUGGAGCCCCGACCCGGUCAUCAUUGCCAUGUGCCAGUCGGCACUGAUCGUAUUCUGCUUGUGCAUAUCUGUCGCAUUCUGCCGGUUCAUGAUGACGGCGUGCUUGAAUGCACUAUCCAUGUCGAACGUAAACUUGGUCGCCAACAAUAUUGCGUCGUGGUGCGUCUACGUGCCGCUGAGCUACCUCUUGCCCAUCACGUUGGACUGGAGCUUGGCGGGUUUCUGGUGGGCCGAUGGCUUUGGGGAGCUCGUGAAAGCCAUCAUUUUGAUGUGGGGUCUUUGCCGCGUCAACUGGAUUGCUGCCGCUGAUUACGCGCAAAAGUCCGCCGCCACCAUGGAUUCGACAAACGCAGCCGACGAAGAGAAGCGCGAACUACUCGCGUACGAAAACGAAGCGAUGGUGACUCCGCAAGCGUACAAGAGUCCCGUCAUCCAGUUCGGAUCGGCGCCCCAUCACACCCCGAGCGUCAUGAAGCGGGCGAUGUCGCUGACGCCGAAAAUGCAACGUCGAAACAAACAUGCAGGGGAUCUCGUCCACGUGUGAACAAUUGCCCGAUCGUCAAUAGAAACUAGUGCAUAUUUCCUUCGACAAAACUGGCCGCCGUGGCGUGAUGUGGUCCAAC